CUUUAUAAAAUCAUAUGAAAAGCGAAUAAGCAUAAAGCACUAAGUGUGGCAACAAAAAAAAAAUCAAUACUCAACAGAACUGUAAUAACACAGCAAGAAUUGAAUCAAAUAAUAGAAGAACAUCUAUAUAAUUAAAGGACUUGAGCAGUGGAAAUAGAGACUCUAAAUUAUUGUAAAAAAAUUAAAUAGGCAAUCCAAAAGCAAUUCUUCAAAUUUCUACGAGUUCUAAGACAUUAAUCAGAUAAAAAAGUAUAUUAAAAGUACUAUUUAGGUGAUGAACAUAUAAAAAUAACACAAUCAGGAGUUUAAAGAAAAUCAGUCAAAGAAACAGAUGGUUAAUAGAAUCUCAAAGAGGGUGAUAUUUAUAAAACUAUUUCACCCAAGGUUGUGAUAAACAAUGAUAAAAUCAAUGUUUAUUUUGUAAAAUAAGUCAGUAAAUACCAUAUAAAUACUGAAAUAAAACCAUCAAAAGAGGAAACAAUAAGCACUGAAAAUACUUUAAUUAUAUAAGAAAUUUAAUAAUAAAGGGUCUAUUUAAAAACAUCAUAAUAACAAAUUACAGCACCUGGAAAUAAAUAAGUCUUCGCUAACAUACCAAAAAGUAUGUUAAGUAAUCAUAAAAGUCUCUUAAAUUAAUCAGCCAAAAAACUUUUAGAUAUUAAAACUCAAAAAUGA